GCCUUCCGCUGUCCUGCUGUCCAGACCGUAGCAACGGUGGCAACGGUGGCAGCGACAGUGAGCUAGCGGCCGUCUGUACGCGGAGAAAAGUUCUCGUUUUACGACGGAAGGAAAAACCCUCGGUCAAACGUGGGAGCAGUGGGUUGGUUUGGGGUUUUCUUUCGCGCGGAUCGCGUCGAUAUAUUCUCGGCAGUAGAAGGGUUAUAUUCCGCGCGCCUUACAGUGUGCCGUAUGUGUGCAUCGUGUGUGCGUGUGCCUCCGUGUGGCUAUGUGUGUGCGUGCGUGCUUGUGAAUCGCGUUUGUCGCGUGCGUAGCAAGAAGGGAAAAAAAGACGAAGAAUCUGCGAGAGUGGACGUUUAAUGACGAUUGAAAACUACCACCCAACACAAAUCUGUUCAUAGGUUUUUGGGCGAAUGUGUUGGAAGCCAUCAGCGGAAGUGGAAACGACGGUGGAUGGCGUGGCGGCGCAGCGAGAUAGGUGCUUCAUCAGAGGCAUCGAUCUUCUCGUGCUGCUGCUGGUGUGUUGUGUUCGCAGCAGGCAGACAUUUUUUCGCUCCCUCCUCUCCUCAUCGCUCUCUCACACUUCUUCUAUUUCUCUCACUGUGGUCGUUUCUAUGAAAUCUUUGAAUUGCUUUGACGUCGUCGUCGUCAUCGUCGACCGUUCAGGCAGUCCAGGCGAAAGGCAUUUGUGCAGUGGCAAACCUUUUCCACAAGGCAUACAUCCUCCCAUCUGGUCAUCUUUUAAUCGAUCUGCUCUUCGUGAUUUUCUGGGGUGCUUUGGCUUCGCAAUUAGCCAUUUUUCGCCUGCUCUGCCCCCUUGUUGUGCUGCAUCUCCGUAAACACACACACACUUAAGCGCGCGCAGAGCGAUCGCUGCGCCCUCUAUGUUUUGUCACCCGGAACUAGCGAUGCGGCUAGUGUGCGUGCAAUGAUGGCGCCAGCCCACGCAUACCAUCACUCGUGGCGUGUAGAGAGCGCGAUGGUGUUUGUUUGUUCGAGGAAGAGACAGAAAAGAAAAGAAAAAAACAAAAAGCGCGACACGCGAAAUAUGCUCGCGGUUGGUGUGCGUGAGGGGGCUAUGUUGCAAUCUCUCUCUCUGUCUCUCCUCUUUCUAUGCUCUCCAUGCUCUGGCACCUUUAUAUGUUUGGUUUACUUCACUUUGCUUCCUUUUCUAUUUCUUGUGUCCUCCUUUUCCACCGAAUGACCUUUUUUACAUUUCGAAUGAAAUCGCUGCUCCUCCUAUGUUACUUUGACUGUUGCCUAGAAAAUUGUCCGUUAGUUUGGCACUCAAUCUAACUACCAUAACUGGAAUGGUGCACGUUUUAGCUGGGCUAAUUACGAGCGAGAUGCAUAACUUUCUUCAUUUGUAGGGACCGUCAAUAAUAUCGUAUACCGGAACAGCAACGAAGACCACGAAGACGUUUCAUUCGAAUUGUCUACGAGUACUUGAUGCAAAGAGGGCACCCUUGAAUGCGCUAUGAUCAGUGGUGAUGGCGAAGGGGCAACCCAGCGCGCCUCAACGAUCGAUAGACAUCCACUUCGAUUGGCGAAAAAAUAAUGGACGAACAAUCAACCCCAUAAUGCCAUCGAUUCACGAAAGAUGCGUGGAGAGAAGGAUUCGAUUAUGCUCUCCGCGUUUAUACGAAAAGCGGGAAAAGAAACUGCUGCCAUCACCACCCAGUAAGGUUACAGCGUGAUUACCGAUGGUACAAUGCCAGGCUGGUGAGAAACGUAGGGAGGGGGGAUUGGAAAAUGCCACAUUUUUUGAAUUUUGUUUUUUAGUUUUGUUGGUAAAUCGCGCAUUGCCCGUUGGGUUUCGUGUGUUGGUACACCGCCGACAGCGGCACGGUGCGACAGGGCACGGAUUCGACGCACGUACUACGUGAGCAUCAUCACAGAGAGCACAAAGAGAAUAUGGUGGGAUGCUGGCAAAGAGCAUCGCUAUUUUAUCUCACCCAACAUUGGCAGCGCACCGCCGUGCGCUGUGGUGGAGCACAGUGACGGACGGCGAGAUGAAACGCUCGCACAACACACACACACAGAGUGCACACGACACGCGCAUCGUGUGGCUGCGCUCUUUGGUCUCGCACGAGCGGAUGUUAUUAUGGUCCAUCAGCAUUCAGCAUCAGUGAUCUACGCGCCGAAACCACCGAAAUAUGUGUCCCACAAUAAUGAAGUUUGCUAUGAAACGUUCUGACAUGGCCUACGCGCUGUCAGUAGAAUCCGACGAACGCGAAACCCAUCUUCCCAGCGAUAUCAUCAUUGAUAGCAUCGUCAGGUGUGAUCCAUCGGCACCGGAGGAGGCGCUGGAUUGGGUUGCCGAAGGAGCAGCCGUACUAGCAUUAGCCGCAACAUCAUCAUCAACGUUACCAUUGACAAUUGAUGCACAAGAGCAGAACGAGUAUCAGCGACUCUUGUGUUUAGAAGAAGAACAUCCGCAAGUGGUAUAUUUCGCGCGAGGCACAAAACCUUAUCUAGCAUCGUGCUACGUAGAAGCAGAGGUGCUCGUAGAUUGUUGCCAUUAUCCUCGCCAUAGCGGUGAAAAGGACGACAAUUGGGGUGUCUGCUGCAGAGCACCACAUUAGCCGCAGAUCGAAUCGUAACGGUGAAGGAUUCGUGUACAAAGAGAACGUGCAGCGAAAAUCAAUUGGGAACUGUAAAAAAUAGCUCAAACAAGAGUGUUGUUAACUCUUAACGUACGUACCGGUUGUGUGUUAAGUGUAGUGUGUGGUGUAGAGGUGGAGUAGCGGGCCGCCCUUAAACGCGAACGGCACGCCUGAACACACGACUGUUCCUUCUUUAGUAACAGAGUGUAGCAGUUAUUGAUAGAUGUGUGCUGUGGAAGUGAUUGGAACGGAAAGUAGACGAACUUUGUGUGCCGCAGCAGCAACGAAAAGCAAACAACAUGUCUGCUGCUUCCAUGAACAGUAGUGCCAGCAGUAGCAGCAACAGCAACAGUACGUUCAAGAACAGCGCAUCAGGUGAAGGCAGCAAUGCCAAUGGAGGAGGCAGCAACAGCAGUAGCGGUUGUGGAAACACGGCCUCUUCACCAGCAAAUAUCGUGGUUCUCGAAGGUGGGCCCGCUGCCAUUCAACAACACCAUCAGCCCCAUCAUCUGACCAACCAUCAUCAUUUGAUGGAUAGCAGCGACGUGGUGACUGCGGCCGCCGGUUUGCAGCAACUCUCGAACGCCGCUAAUGCAAUCAAGCUACGCGAGUGCGCUGUACAGUAUUCUAAUUUGAUCAGCUAUGGAAGCAACAUUACCAGCAGCAACAACAGCAGCAGUAGCAGCAGCAAUAAUAGUUUUAGCAACAAUGGCAACAUUUUAACCAGUAGCAGCAGCAGCAUCAGCAGCACUAGUAAUAGCAGCAGUAGCCAUAACGCUCCAACGAGCAACAGUAUGAACAUGCUAUCACAGCAGACGAACGUGUCCGAUGCUGCAGCUAGCGGCGUUCCCCUGGUAACAGCGGCGGCGCCAACUGGUGGCUCUCUCGUACAAAUGCUUGGCAGUGCAACAAUCGUCUCGAAAGCCCAUCCGCAUCAUCAGCAACCGGCACAGCAUGCCUUUCCACAACAGCAAACGUUUAACUACAUCGAUGCUGCUGGGAAGAACUUUAAUGUGCUCACGUCAACAGGUGCCAAAUUGGGCCCAAGUGCGAAAUUAAUCGGUGUGCCGUUUUCGAAGAUGAAGAGUAUUGCCACGACAACUUCCAACCAAACGCAGCCGCAGGUUCAGCUCCAGCAGCAGCAGCAUCCGCAACACAUCGUAGUGUCGGCUACCGUCAGCGGUGGCGGUGGUGGUAGUAGUAUGUCAACAGCACCAAAAGCACCGGGCACGAUGGUACACAAGUUGACCGUUCCAAGGAACAUUCAGCUGUUAACACGGAUACCAUCGAGCAACAGCAACAGUAAUGCCACUGGAGCAGGGAGCACAACGAGUACCGUCACUACGCUCAGCAACGGUGGUCGGAUACUGCAGACGCAAACACAGUAUAACACGCUGCAGGACACCGGUGGAGGAGGCGCAGGGCCAGGUAUUGGAGGGACGACGACGGCGACGUUUGAUCUUAAAAGCAUUGUUCCAGCAGCUCACUCCGUGAAGCCUGUACCGGUAACGAGCAAGAACAAAGUCAGCCAGAAUGCUUCGCUCAAGUUGAUGCAACAAAACGCAAAACCCCUAUCGACUGCAACAGUCACGCUUCAGGGCAAGGGGGGACAGCAGCUCCCGAUGUCACAGCAAAUCACCGGAGGCACGGCGAUGGUCAAUUUAAGUCUCAAAGCUGUACGAAGUGGCGUUGGAAUUGGCACGGCGUCAGGAAAAUCUGGUGGUGGUACCAUCACUCUUCCGACCAGCAAUGCCUCAACGUUCUAUAUGAAGGGUGGCAACGUGGUAGUUUCUAAUGGUAACGGAACUGUAUCGCUCCAGCAACCACUUAUUUCAUCGCCACACUACACUACUACCCCGCCAUCGGUGCAAACGACCGUUAGUUUUCAGCAUCCAUCCUCGAAUACCAUUCAACAGCAUCAUCAUCCGGCGACAAUGAUGGUACCCACGUCGGCAAGUCCACAGCAGCCUUCAAUGGGGGGAGGGAAUGUAAUGGUGGCUACGAACACCACCUCUUCUGGAACUGUCAAGUUCUCCGCCAGCGCUCUGCACGGAUUGGCGAAGCUAUCGACGCCGGCUGCCACUGGGAAUGGUGCUGCUAGUAACCUGCUGAAAACGACCAAAAAUCAAUUGAUUCAAAUACAUCCACACCACCAACAGCCACAGGUGUCGGCAUCGUCUCCUGCAGCAUUGUCACCGUCACCACACUUCAGAACGCAGUCACCAGGAUUGACGGUUGGCGGUGGCAAUACUGUUGGUAGUGCUCCUCUCAUGAUUUCCACCUCGGGAAGUACCGGUAAUGCUGGCGCACAGAUUGUCCUUCAGCAGCACGGUACACCGAUGAUGCUUGUGUCUAGCGCCGCAGGCAGCUCACCGACGACGUCUUCUACGGCGACGAUAGUGGGAAAGCUUGGUACAGCAAGUAGUCGCUACCCGAAUGUAUCUUCCGCAAGCUUUUACACUGUUUCCACGUCAGCGUAUGGAGGCGGUGUGACCACGAUGACCACAACGAGCGCUACCAGCACCACUACUCAUGGUCACAAAGGUCUCAGCAAUCUCUACACAGCAGCAGCUUGUGUUGGUGCGUACGAUCAGCAGCAGCAGCAACAGCAACAGCUUACACAACAACAACAUGAUAUGGUCACGAAAAUUGUGACUAAAAGUACGACUACGACUGGUCCUACACCAAAGGUGACCCCGAAGGCUGCUUCUGGUGCUAACCGUACUCGUCACAAUAGCGUUUCACAGUAUCAGCAGAAUCAACUACAGCAGCAAAAUCAGCAGCAGCUUCAGCAUCAUCUUGCGUCCUCAAAUCCCGUAUCGUCGGCUAGCGCGAUCAAGACCUCUUACGUAGCGGUUGAACAUCAGCAACAGCAUGGAAGUACAGCAACUGAUCAGCAACAGGCAGUAGCGUUGACUAAUCAUGUCGGAUCACCUGCGUACAACCAGCAGCAAACCAGUCACACUCGAUACUUGUACACGUCCUCGCCUUCCAAGCCUUCACAGCAACAGCAGCAACAACAGCAACAACAAUCAAGCGACACAAUCGGUAACGACACCGGUUACUACAAUGGACAAUCCGACGAAACGUUCAUGGCCCGCAUCCUGCAGAGUUUGUCGAAGAAAUCGGCGGAAAGCGGAUUGCAUGGCAAUGCACAGUACACAGCUAACGUGCCAUCGGUUCAAAACCGACACAACCAACAACAGCAUCAACAGCCUGCGUAUGAAGUGCAAUCGUCAGCAGUAACAGGAAGAAGAAUGAGCAUAUCGAACGAAGGAACCAUUGUCCUGGAACCAAGUCAAUCGAUACCCACCGCUCCGGAUCCAGCAGUAACGGCAGAGUACCGGGAUGAUGAAGAUUUGCAUAGCGUUGAGGUGCGUCCGGCACCGAUCGAUCCAUCCAGUGGUCGACUGGCCGUGUUGCAGGCGAUUAUACUGGAUCAUACCUAUUGCAUCCCUAACUCAUGGGGUGUAGCGGAACAGGGGCUACUAUGCGGAUCUGUUGCAUUGCAACACCAACAACAGCCAUCGAUGAACCCACCGGCAGCCCCCUCACCUAUGCCACCGAUGAAUGCGCUCAUUCCGAUUGGCAGCGGUCAUAUAGGGGUGGCCUCACCGGUCGCUACAGGAUUACCAGUGGCGCAACUAGCCAAAGGAUCCUCAUCGCUGUCAGGCAGCAAUAGCAUGUACGAGUAUUUGUACCAGGCGAAAGGAGGCCUCUCGACGAGCCGGCCUACCGAUGACGAUGACACGCAGUCCAUCAUCAGCAAUGGUUCGCGAUCGGGUGCCGGUCUCGAUAACGAUCUCGGCGAAGAAACAGAUACGGCACCCGAAUGCGAGGGAGAGGAUGAUUCGGUGACGCGUUGCAUCUGCGAUCUGACACAUGACGAUGGUUACAUGAUAUGUUGUGACAAGUGCUCCGCCUGGCAACACGUGGACUGCAUGGGCAUCGAUCGUUCCAACAUUCCAGAUGAAUAUAAUUGCGAGCUAUGUCAACCUCGGCCGGUGGACAAGGUACGCGCACGUCAGCUUCAACUGCACAAGCGCAAAGAACAGAGCCUGUUCUUGGCCAACAACAAUGUUGUGAGUGGGACAACUAGUUCGUCCACCACCGGGACAACAGGUACACUAGCCGCGAGUGGUGCAGAUGUACAGCAGAUGUUGCUACCACCAUCAGUAUCAUUGACCGGUGGGAAAGGUAGUGGCCACCAUGCGUCCUACCACGCACAGUACAACGAUCUACAUACAUCAAAAGGAGCAGGAGGAGCCAACAGCAAUAGUGUUUAUAACCAGCAUGGUGCAUCGCAUCAUCAACACUUCAAUAGUGCGGCGCCGGGAGGCGGUAGCGGCGUGAAGAGUGCAAAGAAAUCCCGCUCAUCUGGCGCAGGAUCGCGCAAAAAGUCCGACAGCAUUUCGUCCAACUCGUCAUCUUGCUCGUCAUCGACCAUGAUGCCGUUUGGCAGCAGCAACAACAGUCUGGCCAUACCAGCAUCGUUGGGUGGUUCGCUUAUGAAUGCACCUCCGGCACCGGGUGGUGCUGCAUUUCCGCCAUCUUCCUCGCACCAUUCCCACACAAACGAUCGAAUGAUGCUGGUGAGCGGUUCUGGUACGAUCGGAGGGGAUGCAUCAGGAACAGCAAGCGGUGAUAUGCCUUCAACUAUGCUUCUAGCCGCGGCCGCCGCCGCAGCGGACCGAAUGGGAACAAUCGGAUCGUCACUGAACUGUGAUAGUAUGAACAAUGCUGGUGGAACUCUUGUCGGACCAGGUGGUAUAAUCAGUGGCAGUGGAAAUGCAGUUAGCGGAGGAAUAACGAAAAAGCUGAGUAAAAAGGCCGAAGCGGCACUAAAUCGAAGCAACAAUACCACCAGUGGGAAGCGCAACAAGGAAGGGCUACG